AUGAGGGCUGCCCUUUCUUUAAAGCUCGUAUCCGCUAUUUGCUCUGCUGCGAUGCCUUUCUCGCCACCUCCUUGGAUCUGGCGUCAACCUCAAAUGAAGGACAGCUGGGACUUUCCAUCCAGUCUCGCGAUUUCUCGAUCAUGGAGGGAUGUUGAUGCCUUUUGCAAUCAUUUGCUUUCUUCGCCCGGGGGAUCUUCCAAGGGGCAUCCCCUUUUCAUAGAUAUCGGCAUAAAAAAAUCCAUAAAAGACAAGCUGAACCUGUACUCCACACCUCCAUUUGAAUAUAUCAUUUUUGGAACUCUUGAUGCAAUCAUGCUAGUACUACACGGCUAUCCAAAAAAAUUGACUGAGAUGGCUAAUUUUAAAAGACUACUGAAGCACGGGCUAGUUUCGAAGCUUUAUUGGUUUGGACCCGGAAUGGAGUGUAAAAACUCCCCAUACACCAUCAUGGUGGGCAAGGAGUUAGGAAAGACAUGGUGCAAUCUUGAACUAUUUUUCAAAAUGCUCGAUAUAAAAUCCGUAGAGAAAAAGCCUCUUCCAGAUUCCCUUUUGUCGUUAAUUACACUCGAUAAUGUGACAAUGUGGAAAAGAAACUCUCCUCAAUAUUUAUCCCGGACACUCCUACCGUCAGCCUCUAUGGUUUCCCCUGUUGAGCUACAGACUUCACUGUGUGAAUUAUUUUCUAAAAUCUCGCUGUUCAGGAGUAUAAUUAGGGAUGCCCAACCGAAUCUUUUAUGGAUGAGCGAAGAGGACGAAUGCGAAUUUUCCAAUUAUUAUUCAAGUGACAUAGGGAAACUCGGUUAA